CACUGCGCAUGCGGAAAGAUGGCGGGCAUGGCGUCUUGAGAAUCGUGGGUCUCCCUGCGCUCCUGCAGUCUGCGUGCUACUUCCCGGGGCCGUUGGACAGUGGCGCGUUCGUCUCCGGCCCAGACUAGCCCAGUGCACCUCCGAGCAGGCCACAAGCCCAGGUCUGGGCUCCGGGAACCAAAGCGUUGGGAGCGGCGUCCGACCCGAGCAGGAGAAGGCGGGAGAGCUCGCGGGGUGCGAGGGCGAGGGGCCGCUGGCCGGGCAGCAUGAGUCAGCAGCGGCCGGCGCGGAAGCUGCCCAGCCUGCUCGUGGACCCGGCAGAGGAGACGGUGCGCCGCCGGUGCCGAGACCCCAUCAACGUGGAGGGCCUGCUGCCAUCAAAAAUAAGGAUUAAUUUAGAAGAUAAUGUACAAUAUGUAUCCAUGAGAAAAGCUCUAAAAGUGAAGAGACCUCGUUUUGAUGUAUCACUGGUUUAUUUAACUCGAAAAUUUAUGGAUCUUGUCAGAAAUGCUCCUGGGGGUAUUCUUGAUUUAAACAAGGUUGCAACAAAACUGGGAGUACGAAAACGCAGAGUAUAUGACAUCACCAAUGUCUUAGAUGGAAUCGACCUGGUUGAAAAAAAAUCUAAGAACCAUAUUCGGUGGAUAGGAUCUGAUCUCAGCAAUUUUGGAGCAGUGCCCCAACAGAAGAAGCUGCAGGAGGAACUUUCUGACUUGUCAGCGAUGGAAGAUGCUCUGGACGAGUUGAUUAAGGACUGUGCCCAGCAGUUGUUCGAGUUAACAGAUGACAAAGAAAAUGAAAGACUAGCAUAUGUGACGUAUCAAGAUAUUCACAGUAUUCAAGCCUUCCAUGAACAGAUUGUUAUUGCAGUGAAAGCUCCAGCAGAAACCAGACUGGAUGUUCCAGCUCCCAGAGAAGACUCCAUCACCGUCCACAUCCGGAGCACCAAAGGGCCCAUCGAUGUUUAUCUGUGUGAAGUGGAGCAGGAUCACUCGGGGAGCAGAGUGUCUGACGGUGCAGGGGCCUCUUCAUCUAAAACCAAACACCCAGAAGACCCCGAUCAAGAAGAAAAUCCUCCACAACAAAGUGAAGAAUUGCUUGAAGUAGGCAACUAAUAAGAGUUGAGAAUUCGUGUAUUGAGUGUAUGGGGACAUCCUGUGUGGAAGAAUUAUGCAUCACGUUUGAUUCUCAGAGCAAUAAACCACCCGUGAAGUUCCCUCGUUUCCAGGCAGUCGCGGAUGAAGGCCAGCAGCGCCUUUGAGUAGUUCACCACGUAGAGCCCUGGAUGGUUACGGUUUUGCAUUCGAAAACAACUCUUUAUAAUGAUUCACUGCUUUCUGUCAGUGACACAGACAUCCGACCUACAGGAAUAAAUAGAUAACAGAGUAUCACUGAAACAAACGCUCAGGCCUGAAAUGGACAAUUCUUCGUGGACUCUGUCCUUCCUUCAAAGUUCGUGUCGUUAUCACAAAAGAAAUUGCCUUACAUGGUUCAUGUCUGCAGGUAGCUGUUGUAUAUUGGUGGGUGUGCACAUGCAUCUAAUUGUGAUAUCUUUGUAUCUAUCUGUAUAAUGUUUAAAUGACUUACGAAAUACGUCGGAGUGAAACUUGUCACCAUUGUACAGCCAAAUAAUGUAUAUAUGGAAAGUAACACCAAUUCUCUAAUUUCUGUGGUGUCUAUAACUUAUUAGAAUCCUCAGAAUGAGGGUUAGGGGAGAGUUUUUUCCGAACUUCUACAUGUAGAAGUAUCAUAAAUAUGCUAUCCAUUUAAAGGUCAUGGAUUUAAUUAAAGAAUUUCUGUAUGCUUCCCAGUGUUAGAAUUGGAUUUGAGCCACCUACAGCCAUUACGUCUGAGCACUGGUGGCCUGUAGGGGCAAGUGUGGAAAUGCUAUCAUGUAGUGACUUAAUAGAUCAUGAGACAUGUAUUCUAUCAUGGUGAAAAUUGUAAACUAUUUUAACCUCUUUGCCAGCAAAUUUUGUAACAUGUUUCUGUAUGCAGCCUUGCUCUUCAAUCAGAAGAGUUUUCCUUGUGAUGAGUUAGUCGUACCCUGCCAUCUCUCCAGCUCUAGUCCCCCAUUUCCAAGUACCUAGCUAAUUCUACCUCACUGGGUAAGUCAUUUACCACUCUGUGCCUCAGUUUACUCAGUAGUUUACCGUUAGACUGUGAGCUCCUUGAGGGGUUUGUCUUAAUCAUUGUUAUACCCAGCGCCUUGCACCAUGCCUGGCACAGAAAAAGUGCUCAGUAAAUGUUGGAAUAAAUCA